UUUCAGGCUACUUAAAUAAAAUUUCUCAGAUAAUGAGAGAAUAGAAAGAAAGAAGAGAAACAGAAAGAGGGUUUGCAAAGCAAUCUCUCUUCUUUGGAUCUCUCAAAUCAUAUUAUAAUUUUUUUUAAAUCCAAUUAGUACAAUCUAACCACCAAAAAAUAAAGGGAAAAUAGUUUAGAAAGUACGCUUUUCUUCUUAAUUCAGCAUUCCAAUUAUUCUUGUUCUAUAUAUAAUUCUUUCCUCCUCUGUCUUUCUUGAGAAUUUUCUCUUCAAUUUUUUUGACAUAUUGAUCAUGAGUAGACUUCGUGUAAAUUCAUCUCCUGAUUUAAUUGCUAAUACAUCAUUUGAAGAGCUCUAUGAUGAUUCAGCUUUAGAAGGGGUUGCGGCCAACAUAAAGUUAUUGCUAAAGUUGACUCAAGAGCACAAAAAUGCUUGUCACAAAGAGAAGAACGAUGGCCGUAGAAUGUUGAGGGUGGCAACCAUGAUGACCAUUCUGGAUAAUGUUAGGACAAGAAUUCAGAAAUGUCAAUCUUUUGGUAACAAGUCAUCAUCAUCAGAAGCUGAAUCUACUAGUCAUGUUCCUAUAGACAAGAAGCAACACGAUCCGAUGAUUGAUGAGAAAGAAAAGCUGAGGAAGCAGCUAAACGCAAGCUUGGUAGCACGAAAGAGCCUCGAGGUCAUGUGUUCAAGUUUAGGGAAAGAAAAAGAGAUCAUGGCAGCAGAGCUCUCGAAGAAAGUCCACGAGUUGAAUGAAAUGGAAGACCUCAUCAAUGAUCUAAAAGAACAAAAUGAAAGUUUAGUGGAAAGGUUACACGAACGUGCCACUGAGCAAAAAGAAAGUAGGUAUAGUAGUGAUGGAGGAGAAACACAAGGAAACAUUGCCCUCCAAGAGAGAAAUAAGGCACUUUCGGAGAACCUCCUAAGGUCAUUGGAUGGCUAUAAGUCUAUCAAGAGGAAAUGGAAGGAUGCACAAGCGGAAAACAUGGCGAUGCAUGCAACCAUGGAGGAAAUGACAGCGAAAAUUGGAGCUGGACUAGCCCGAAUCCACAGCUUUAAAGAAAAAAUCGCCUCUGAAAGUGUGCCCUCAACAGAUAUCCAAGAGGAGAUUGUUGAAUUAGAGGAUAUGUUUGAAUGCUUUGAAAUGCAAGUGGCAAAACAUGGUCCAAAGGAAGGGGAAUGUGUCAAACCAAAAGCAGAGAUUAGUGCUUGCAAGCCUACAGUUUUUGCAUGAGACACAAGAAUCUUGGUCACUACCCAGUGUAAUCCCACAAUAGUGGAGUCUGGGGAGGGUAAGAUGUACGCAGCCUUACCCCUACCUGGGUAGGGAGGCUGUUUCCGAUUGACCCUCGGCAACCCUCCUCCUUUAUCCGGGCUUGAGACACAAGAGUAAUACUUAAAAACAAGCAGGCACAAAGAAGAAAAGAUGGUCCUCAAGGUUUUCUGUAACAUGGUCCAGGAUCAUUGUGCUCCAUAAAGUCUACUGAAACGGAGAAAAAAUGGCCCAUUCUUCUCUGUUAUAGAGUCCAUGUAAUAAACAAGUCAAGUAUGUUGCAUGUAAAAGGAGAAUAACUAGUGAUGUUGCUUUUUUAUUCAUCUGCAAUUUAUAAGGUAAUCUAUCUUGUUUUCAGUUUUA